AUGUACGGAGACUUGGGCAACAAGCUUGUCCAACACGCAAAAAGGACCCAGAAACUUGAGCAUCUUCCCCCAUACCAGACUGAAACUGUACGAGCCGUGACGCGAGAGGUGCGAGACCUGGAUAAGGACGUCUCAAACAUACUCCAGUCAUUUCAAGGCUCAUUCGAGCCGUCGGCGAACCCUGCUACGGCGUGCACCCUCUUGGUGGAUCAUCUCUGUAUGCGGCGGAAUAAGAGAUGUCUUCUCGCAUACCACCGCACGCGAACUGAUAAGUUGGAAGAGAUGGUAUGGAGCGGUAGUGAUGUUGCGGAUCUAGCGGCACAACAGAGGGGGCAAGCAAAUGAAGGUCAGAAUGGGGCAACAGAUCUCGGCAAUGGAGAAGGGAAUAGUAGCAGUCUCAGUCCUGAAGAGGAAGAGUACGUCAGGCAAUACAGUGAUCUGUUAGCAGCGUACAAGGGUCAAUGGACCGACAUUGACUUGACUGGAAGUCUCGACCCCCCACGGGACCUCUUUAUUGAUGUUCGAGUCUUGAAAGAUGCGGGAGAGAUACAGACGGAGUAUGGCACCAUUAAUUUGACGAAGAACUCGCAAUUUUACGUGCGCCAAGGAGACGUCGAACGAUUGAUCGCACAGGGAUACUUGCAGAAACUGAGCUGA